AUGAGCAAACCGACGACGUCCCGCUCGCCGCGCCCCGCACACGCCGCCUCCGACCGGUCCUCCAUGUCUCGCUCCAUCGUCGUCGUCGGCGGUGGUAACGCCGCGGGCUAUCUCGUCCGCGCGUUGGUGAGCGCCGAUCCGACCCUGGGCGCGCGAACGCUCGUCAUCGGUGCCGAGGACGUCGCGCCGUACGAGCGUCCCGCGCUCACCAAAGGAUUCCUGCACAAAGAAAGCCCGCCGCGUCUGCCCGGUUUCCACACCUGCGUCGGCGGCGGCGGCGAGCGACAAACGCCAGAGUGGUACGAACAGCACGGGGUGGAACUGAGGCUGAACACGACGGUGACGGCGGCGGAUUUCAAGAGCCGUACGGUGACGACGAGCGCGGGCGAGUCGAUCGGCUACGAAACGUUGGUCCUCGCCACGGGAUGCGGCGUCAUUCGGCUUCCCGAAGCCAUCGGGGGGACGUUACCGGGAGUUCACUACGUGCGGAACAACGCCGAUGGACUCGCGCUCGUGGAAGCGAUGGACAAGGCGACGAAGGCGGUUGUCGUCGGCGGCGGGUACGUCGGUUUGGAAGUCGCGGCGUCGUGCGCCACGCGCGGAUUGAAGCCGGAGGUGGUGAUGAUGGAGCCGCACGUCAUGGCGAGGCUUUGGAACGCCGAUAUCGCGCAGCAUUACGAGCGAUUGUACGAAACUCGGGGUACGACGUUUCACAGGUCGAGUAAGCUCAAGGCAAUUUUGGCCGACGCCGACGGCAAGGCGCGCGGGAUUGAAUUAGAGUCUGGCGCGGUGAUCGACGCCGAUUUAGUCGUCGUGGGCGUCGGCGCGACCGCGCCCGUGCCUUUCACCGGACUGGACGCCCCCGAAGGACGCGUGGGUGGGAUCAAGGUGGACUCGCGAUUCCGCGCUUCUGGCGCGGACGUCGCGCCCGGUAGCGUGUACGCCAUCGGCGACAUCGCGGCGUUCCCACUCAAGCUCGCCGACAACGAGAUCGUCCGCAUGGAACACGUCAAGCACGCGCGCGACAGCGCCACCUUGGUCGGUAACAUCAUCGCCGGCAAAUCCGACGACGAGUACGAUUACACGCCCUUCUUUUACAGUCGCGUCUUCGAGCAUCCCGGCACCGAGCGCGCCGUCAACUGGGUCUUCCACGGCUUACAGCGCGGUGAAAUCAUCACCAUAGGCAAUCUCGACCCCACGCUCGCCGCGUUCUGGAUUGACGACGGCAAGUGCGUCGGCAUCAUGCUCGAAUCCGGCGCCCCCGAGCGCGUCGCCGCGCUCGCCGCCGCUGUUCGCGCCCGCAAAUCCGUCGACGUCUCCGCGCUCCGCGCGUGCGCUUCCGUCGACGACGCCCUCGCGUUGGUCCUUUAA